GAUUUUCCUUUACCUUUCUUGCUGCAGAGGCAUUUGUGGUGUGCAAGAGAUUUAAGCCUCCGGCUGGCUAUGUCCCUAGCAUGGCUAAACCACUACUGGACUACAAGUACGAUCCCACAACCAACAGUGAAGUGGGAAUGAGCAGAAUUAUUGCUCCGUUUGUUGCGUGUGGAGACUUGAGUGGAUUUGACUCUGACAUGACCUACCCCGUACAGGUAUCGGGAGAGGAAGACAGGUACACUCCACUGAAGCCAACUCAGGCUCCCAUCAAUCCUCCAUACAAGACAGCUUGUUCCAUGAAGAGAGGCGCUACCACAUCAGAGAACCAAACUACUGCCACUACUACCACUGGCGAGCCAAUCAUGACCACUGAGGACCAAACCACUGCCACUACUACCACUGGCGAGCCACUCCUACUGACCAUGAGGACCACACUCUGCCACUACUACCACUGGCGACCCAAUCACUACUACUGAGGACCAAACUACUGCCACUAC